GAUUCUUCUUCUUACUGUAGACCUCUGUACUGUAUGCUGUGGGAUAUGGACUGCACUGGCUAUAGUCAUCAUCUCUGCUAUCACCUACCCAGAUGGAUACGGUACCACAAACACUGUUGGUUGUCUCUGGAGAGAGGAUUCAUCUGGAGUUUCUUCGGCCCAGUGUGCACCAUCAUCAUCCUCAACGUUUUCUUCUUCAUCAUCACUGUCUGGAGGCUGGCCCAGAAGUUCUCUAGUCUCAACCCUGACCUCUCCAACCUACGCAAGAUCAAGGUGUUCACAGUGACAGCAGUGGCCCAGCUGUGUGUGUUGGGUACUAUGUGGAUAUUUGGAGUGUUCCAGUUCCAAGAGGAGGGGACAGUGGUCAUGACAUAUCUCUUCACUAUCCUCAACUCUCUACAGGGAGCACUGCUGUUCAUCAUGCACUGCCUACUGAACAAAACGGUUAGAGAGGAGUAUUGCAAGCUGCUGUCCUGUAUCUGCACACCACAGAAGAAGGAGAUACUCAGAGGUCAGCACUACCAACCCUUCCUCCAGCCAAUCCCAGGGGUCAAGGAGCGCAGAGAACACGGGGGAGUCGCAGAUAUGACGUCACCAAACCCCCAUAAUGCACCUCUUUACUCCCCCUCCCAUGACAAAUGUUCCCACUAGACGGCCAAACUGUAAAGUCAAAGUGGUCGAUAUCCUAAACAUUUAUGAAAACAAAGCUUUGCGUUUAGCAGUGUGGUUAAGAUACAUUGUAGAAAUGGGCAGGGUUCUGAUUUAGUGUCUUGGCCAGAUAGUGACAACCCAGAAACACUCAGCCCGAGGAUAGUACUGUUUCAGCCAGGUUAGUAGAACAUGUGUCCACCUAGCCCGCCUGAUAGUAAAAAUGUUAGUCCACUAGCCAGGUUGGCCAGUGCCCAAAAUCCUUCAGUUACAUCCCUGAUUAGCCACUUCAUAUCAAACUUUAUGUUAAUCAAUGUCUUAUCAAUCAGAAGUUAUAUUAUCUUUAUGUCAUCCAAUCAAAGUUAUAUGAUAUUUAUGUCAUCCAAUAGGAAUCUAUAUGAUAUUUAUGUAAUCCAAUCAGAAGUUAUAUUAUCUUUAUGUCAUCCAAUCAAAGUUAUAUGAUAUUUAUGUCAUCCAAUAGAAAUUAAUUUCCUCUUUAUGUACUUAUCACAACCACAAAAGAAAGGUACUAUUUUACAUAGAUUUAUAGUAGUAUUUAUUACCAAGAGCACAAGAUAAAGUGACUUUUCUACGCAAAUAAAUCCAGAGGGAUUUAGAAAAACAUUAUGUGAAGAUAUGUGUUAGUUGUGACCUAAUGGACUGUUAUACUGUAAAGUUGUUUUGUUCUUUAACACUUUAUUAAUAACUUUUAAGAAUAAGCCUUUAUAAAUGAAUAUACAUGUUUAUAAAUUAUUAUAAAUGUUGUACAUUUUUACGGAAUGGAAGGCUGGUAAUAUUUACACAUUCUUAUAAAUGUUUACAAAUUUAAUUGUAAAUAGUUUAUAAAUCGUUAAAAGGUUUAUUCAUGAUAGUUAUUUUAAAGUGUUACCAUGGUCACCUCUAUGUAUAUAAUGAGAUAAUAUAAGAUUUGUUGUGAACACUUGCAGUGCUUCUGUCCAAAAACAGCAUUUAUCAACAGGUGUUUUAGAAAUACCAGUGGGAAGAUUUCCAGAAUCAGGAGGGAAGAAACAUGAAAUCCAGAUUCUCCAACAUGGAUUGUCACUCAUGGCUUCAUCUUAAAACCAUUGGUUUGUUUAUCACUGGCCAACAAAAUAUAGUGUAGCGAACCUGACCUGGACUUAAACCUGGGUCCAGCAACUGUUAACCUAACAAAUUAGCCGUUACGCCAAGAGAUCCGAACAGCUUGACGAGGUUGCUAGGUGUUGGGUUAAAGUUGUUUCAAUAGUUGUAUAGGUUUAGGAAUAAGUAGUAACAAUAUCUGAACAACAAUACCUGAACAAAUAUAUACUGUACAGUUCAUUGUAGAGGUCGUUAGGCACAGAUCGAGGAUCAGAAUACAGUAAAUUACUGUACAGUUCAGUAGGCACAGAUCUAGGAUCAGCUUACCCAAAACAAAACCUAACUUAAUGGGGUCAUCCAGGAUUGGUACAUCCAGUUUUGUUACUUUUAACUUAGUGAUUUAUAGCUCUUGGUUCUUGUAGAAUAUUACUUAAAACUGCCUUGUGACCAGGUCAACUGUCGUACCACAACAGAACCCCAACUAUAAGCUUGUUUUACUCCAUUGUUUGUACACGAUGUAAAGGUUCAAAACAUGGUUAAAACUAUCAUGUUGAUCUCA